AUGGAAGAUGUCAGUUCCGAUGAGAAUAAAAAUUCCAUUUUUCAUUCCAUGUUCCAUUACCUUGGAGUAGCUUCCCGUAAACUUGAUGCCUUAGGGGUUGAAGCUAGAGGUAUCGAAAGAAUCGAACCUUACGAAAGAUCAACCAACAGAACCAAAUUAUUAAUUAGUGUCAUGGGUCUUUGGUUGUCAGCAUGUGGUGGUCUUUCUUCUAUGUCUUCGUUCUACUUGGGUCCACUUUUGUUUGGGCUUGGGUUAAAGAAUACUAUGAUUGCAGGAACAGUAGGUCAAAUAUUAGGUUGUGCCAUUGCUGCGUAUUGCUCCUUAAUGGGACCUCGUUCAGGAUGUAGACAAAUGGUUAGUGCUCGUUUCCUUUUCGGGUGGUGGUUUGUUAAGUUAGUUGCGUUUGUCAGUAUUAUUGGUGUUAUGGGUUGGUCAGUUGUCAAUUGUGUUGUUGGUGGUCAGAUUUUGGCAGCUCUUUCAAAUGAAAAAAUCCCAGUGUGGGCAGGAAUCAUUAUAAUUGCUGGUAUAUCACUUGUUGUUGCAAUCGGAGGUAUUAAGCAAUUAUUGAAAGUGGAAACAUUCUUAAGUUUACCAGUUAACUUUGCAUUUUUAUUAUUAUAUGUUGUUGCAUCUAAGAAAUUUUCCUACUUGACUUUAGAAGAUGCCAUAACCGAUCCUGCCACAAUUAAAGGUAAUUGGUUAUCAUUCUUCUCAUUAUGUUAUUCCAUUACUUCUACUUGGGGCUCUAUUGCUUCCGAUUAUUACAUCAUUUUCCCAGAAAACACUCCAGAUUUGGAAGUAUACACCAUCACAUUCAUUGGUAUUGCAGUGCCAACUACCUUUGUUGGUGUUGCUGGUUUAUUAAUUGGUAACGUAGCACUUACUUAUCAACCCUGGGGAGAUGCAUAUGAAAAAUUGGGAAUGGGUGGUCUUUUAAACGAAGCAUUCAAGCCAUGGGGUGGGGGUGGAAAAUUCCUUCUUAUCUUGAUUUUCCUUUCUUUGAUUUCCAACAACAUUCUUAACACAUAUUCCGCUGCAUUUGGUGUUCAAUUGGCUGGUAGAUUCCUUGCUCGUAUUCCCAGAUGGUUUUGGGCAUUUGUAUUAACUGCCAUCUACUUAGUUUGUGCCCUUGUUGGAAGGGAUCAGUUUGCUACAAUUUUAGGUAAUUUCUUACCUAUGGUUGGUUAUUGGAUCUCGAUGUAUUUUAUUAUUUUACUUGAAGAAAACACAAUCUUCAGAACUGAUAGAUUCAAGUAUUUGUUUAAAUUCGAAUUUCCUGCAACUGAAGAGCAAGAAGUGGAAAAGGAAAGAAGUUAUGGUACUUCAGAAUUACGCCGCAAUCAACACUACAACUUUAAGAUCUGGAAUGAUUAUGAUAAAUUGACAAGAGGCUUGGCUGCAACUGCUUCCUUUAUCAUUGGUGCUACUGGUGCCGCUGUUGGUAUGUCGCAAACUUACUGGAUAGGACCAAUUGCUACUAGAAUUGGAGGUGAAUAUGGUGGUGAUAUCGCUAUGUGGUUGUGUAUGGGAUUUAGUGGAAUUGUAUACCCCGGGUUACGUUAUUGGGAAUUGAAAAAGUUUGGCCGUUAG